UUUUUUGAGCCUAAAAAGAUUUUUUAAUAAGGUAUAUUUUUAAUAAGGUAUUUAACAAACACCCAAAUUAGUUUUUUUCUUUUUUUUUUUUAAAUAAUCAAACCUCUAAUAGGACACAAUAAGCUAAAAGUUCUUCAAAAAACACUUUACCAAACAAAGCCUUAAUGUCCUCAUAAACAAACAAAUACGGAGCAGUCUAAAUGUAUCAUAAAAUAAAAUAAAAUAAAUUAAAUUAACACUGGAAAAAGGAAGGAGGCUAAAAAAAAAAAAGUGUGCUCUUCUAUUAAAGUAGCACACCCUGUCUCUCUCAACUCCCUCUUCUCAUCACCUUCACUUUUCCUCCUCAAAAUCCUCUCGCACUCCGACAACAGAGGACUACAGCUAUCUACUACAUUACGCGCUGCUCCUCCAACUCAAACUCAAACCUCAUUUACCAACCUUCACUAAAUCAUCCUUCAAUUCACUUUUCUCAAAAUAAUAAUCUUCCCUCAAAUUACACCCUUAAUCAAUUCUUCAAUCAAUCAUGUCUUCAAUUUCAACAACAUCAUCACCAAAUAAUAAUAAUAAUGGGUUCCAAAAAUGUAACAAGAUCCGUCACAUUGUCCGCCUCCGUCAAAUGCUCCGUCGUUGGCGAAACAAAGCCGCUCAACGCCGCAUCCCCUCCGACGUCCCCGCUGGUCACGUCGCCGUCACCGUCGGCUCCAACUCCCGUCGCUUCGUUGUCCGAGCGAGCUACCUUAAUCACCCCGUUAUUCGUAAACUACUGGUUCAAGCAGAAGAAGAGUUCGGAUUCGUAAACCAAACCGGACCGCUCUCUAUUCCUUGUGAUGAAUAUUUGUUCGAGGAAAUCAUCCAGUUCUUAAACCGGUCUGAUUCCAAAGGCCGGUUUGUUAAUCUUGAGGAUUUCCAACGAUCAUCUUUUUGCCACGUUGGAUUCCGUGGGUCGCUUGCUGAUUCUCGUCCUUUGCUCGAGAAAUCUGUCUGGUAGUAAUGAGCUCGUCUUGUCAAGUUGAGCUGAGCUGAAUUGACCUGGCUAUGACUCGUUAGAGUUUAAACGCGGAAAUUCUUGUAUCAAACGAUCUAAACGACUUCACAUUAUGCCUGAAUUAAUUUUGAUUUGGGCAAUUAAUUUUUUAUUGAAUAUACAUGAAUUAAUUAGUGUAGGAUUUUUUAAUUUAUAUAUAUAAAAAAUUGUAUUUAGGAGAAAGGGGCGAUUUGGGGUGAGAUAGAAUGCGUUGUGAUGGCGGAAAGUGGGGAUAAUUUAGUUAACCACCGAGUCGUCCCGAAUUCCGAUCGGAGUUUGAAUAUCUAUGAAGCUCUUCACGAAGACAAAAGUUGAAAGUUGGCCCGAUAAUUGAAAGGGUUACUAUUGUAAAUUCGACCAUUAUUAUUAUUACUAUUAUUAUUCAGAUUUA